AUGGGCCAGAGCCCGCGGUUCUUCCGCCGCAGUCUUGCCCUCCUGGCCGCUGUGGCCCUGCUGUUCUUCACCCUCCGCCACGGCUUCGCGCCCCAGUACCUCGGCCGGUCCAGCGCCCCGUCCAUCGACAGCCAUGGCCACUUCUGGCUGCACUUCCACCGCAUCCUCAAGGCCGCCGCCCCCGACUGCAAGUCGCCCAGGAGGAUCGAGGACCACCCCAAGGCCAUCGGCUUCCGCCCCGACGCCACCAGCAACGUCACCCUGCCGCAGCAUAUCGUCGUCGACAAAGAGGAUCUCGAGAAGCUGACCAACGCCCACGAGCGCCUGAUGACCUUGCUGUCCGCCCCCUCCAGCCCCAAGCUGGCCUAUCACCCUCGCUCCAAGGGCAUCGUCACCACCGCCGGCGGCUCCUUUCUCCCCGUCGUCGUCACCUCCCUGCAUAUGCUGCGCCAGACCGGCUCGACCUUGCCGCUGGAGAUCUUCAUCGCCGACCCCAGCGAGCAUGAUGCCUACAUCUGCGACUCCCUGCUCCCGACCCUGAAUGCGAGGUGCAUCACCCUGUCCGAUAUCCUGGCCUACUCGCCCCUGGCCGCCGGCCUGAAGAAGUACCAGUUCAAGAUCUUUGCCCUGCUCUUCUCCUCCUUCGAGGACGUGCUGUUUCUCGAUGCCGACGCCUUCCCCAUCCGCGAUCCCACCCCGCUCUUCUCCUCCGAGCCCUUCGCCUCGCACGGCCUGGUGACCUGGCCCGACUUCUGGCAGGUCACCUACCACCCGGCCUUCUUCAACAUCACCGCCCAAGACCUCCCCACCGGCUUCGAUUACGCCUCCACCGAAUCCGGCCAGCUCCUCGUCUCCAAGAAGUCGCACGGCAAGAUGCUGCUGCUCUCCGCCUACUACAAUUUCUACGGCCCUUCGCACUACUACCCCCUCCUCUCCCAGGGCCACCCGGGCGAGGGCGACAAGGAAACAUUCAUCCCGCCCGCGCGCAUCCUCAACCUCCCUUUCUACCCCGUCUCCACGGGCCCCGCCGUGCUCGGCUACCGCAAGCACGACGGCCAGUGGGAAGGCGGCGUGAUCAUGCAGGCCAGCCCGACCUGGGACUUCAAGCAGCCCAAGGGCCACUUCGCCGGCUGGCGCGACAAGCCGCGCGCGCCGCCCGAGUCGUUCCUCACCUGCCACGCCAACCUCCCGAAACUCGAGCCGAUCGGUGUCUUUGGCGACAAGGGUCUGGCCUGGUCCAAGGACCGCCGGCCCCAGCGCAUGUGGGGCUCCGCCCGGGACAUCGCCAAUCAGGUCGGCCACGACAUGGAGCGGCAUCUGUGGAUCGCCUUGGGCGCUACCGCCUGCGACCUCGAGGGCCAGUUCAAGCCGUGGCAGGGCAAGCCGAAAUUGUGCGCGACAAUUAAGAAAUUCAUCGUCGAUAUGGAGGGCCAGUGA